AUGGGUGACUCUCUGCAGUGGUUUAAAGCUGCCAAGCGGGGGGAUCUCGAGUUCAUCAAGCAAAAUUUCCAGAUGAUGAAGGGCCAGAAAAACAAGCAAGAGAUGACUGCGCUCAUGUGCGCAGCAAAGUACGGGCGGCUAGACGUUGUCACGUUUUUGUUGGAGGCUGAAUCCAGGAUAGUAACGAACACCACGGCCCUUUUACUGGCUGUACAGGCGCAGAACUACUCUGUAGCGAAAUGCCUGGCACCACUUGAAUAUGAUUUAACGACAUCUGAUGGCCGGACAGCCUUAAUGCUAGCCGCCUCUGAUUGCGAUACUGUGUUUGUUACAAUGCUUCUUGCGUAUCUCGGUAAUGAAAACGACGUUUAUUGGAAGACAGCGCUUGAGUAUGCAAUUUUGGGCUCCAAGCAACGUAACCUGCAAAUUCUCAUUGAGUCCGAUAAGUUCACUCCCAAGCAGAUACAAACAGCAUACUACUACUCCCUGACUGUCACUAACAAUGUGGAGAUGCGUUCUUAUCUCAAGACUGAAGCUGGAAGCAGAGGUGCUCCUGUUAGUCAAACCAACUCUGCCUCCGUAAGCCUCAGUGCGAGCAUCAAUGACGAGUGCGUGGAGAUGAUCAAUAACGAUCUCGACAGGAUAAUAGCAGUCAAUAGAGAGCAGGAGCAGACCAUACAGAAGCUUCAGGAGAAGAUAGCAUACUUUGAAGAGCAGGAGGACAAGCUCAAGUCCACAAUUGCAGAUGAAUAUGCACGCCAGCAAACAACGGACUGUGCCCUGGGCUCCAUACUCAGGCAAAUCCAGUUGGAACUGAGCAAAUUACCAUACACUAUCACCCCCACUUCCAUUGCCUCUCCAGAAGACCUUGUCAAAGUUAUAACUGUUCUCGUAGAACAGAGCGCUGCCCGUAGUAUUGCUUGGGAUUUAGUAGUAGAUGAGCUCAAGAAGGUCAGGGAAUCAGUGAGGCAAACUCAACUAGAGCUGAAGCGUUACUCAGAUGCAAUGUCUGAAUCAUUUAGAGAAGGAACUAAUCUAUUUGCGCAAUUGCAGCGAAAUAUAUUAGGUACACGAUCAGAUAAGGACCGAUUGAAUAUGGAAUAUGAACAAAAAAUUAAGAGUCUAGAAGCUGCGCUGGAUCUUGCUAGAAAAACAAUCGAUGAGUUGCGUGCCGGUGGGAUGCCAGGAGCUCAGAAAUCCACGUGCGAUAAGGAAAUUUAUGUAUGGUUCCCCAUUCAACAGAGACAAUUAGCGCGGCCAUCUAUCGAGCCAAUUGUUACCUCAUUGAUGCAAUCUGUUCGAAGCAUCUCCAGCCGUACUAGCCGGAAUAGAAAUACAACGCCGCACAAGCCCCAACAAAUGCAGGCGCUUGGUGCACCCUCGACGUGGGAAGUGGACCAAAAGUCAUUCAGAACUGCUCGAGCGAAUGCUCCUACUGGUCGUAGCAGUCUCUCAGGCGAAAAGGAGCAGCAAGAGGCAUCUACACAUUCGCCACACUUUAUUGUUGCAUCGCGCGUACAAACGCAAUCUCCAAUAUCCCCGCAAGACAUAGCGCUCAGAGCGUCUGUUGAGCAUGUUCCAGCACUAACACAUGAGCUAUCUGCUUCGUCCGUCCUCGCAUCAAAUGCCUCUCCACGUCAGUCCGUUGGGAGCUCAUCUCGGCAACAGCUGCUUGUCGAUGACAAUGGAGUUACGACCCUCAUGGAAGCAGCAAAGAACGGUGACGUUGCUGGAGUCAAGACGGCUAUGAGCCAAUUGAAGUGCUACAACAACGAAGGUUUUACCGCCCUAAUGAUCCUCGCCCAACAAAGCCCCAUUACCAAAGGACACAUAGACGUACUUAAGAUACUAGCCCCACUAGAGGGUGGCAUGUCCGUCCAAUCUGGAAAGCAAGCUGGAGCUACCGCUCUGAUGCUGGCUUUGGAGGCCAAGAAUUUUUCUGUUGCAGAGGGGCUUCUAGACAUUGAGGCAGGGCAUCAGCGGGAUAACGGGAUAACAGCGCUAAUACUGGCAACCUUCCAUAACAAUGAAGGAAUAGCUACGCGCCUCAUUGAGGCUGAGGGGAAGCUCCUUAAGCAGGGAAUUCAGACGCCGCUUAUGAAUGCUGCCAGCCACGGAAACAUAGGCCUAGUGAGAAAGCUCUUGUUCCAGGCAAAGCGAGUCAAGCAGGGCGGAUGGACUGCGCUGAUGAUGGCGGCUCAGAAAGGACACGCCUCCGUUGUCGAGCUUUUGGAACCUUAUGAGGCUGGUAUGCAGAAAGACGACGGUACGACUGCUUUGCUGCUUGCGGCCAAUAGUGGUUUUUUGGAGGCUGCGCGAAUCCUGGCCCCAAAAGAAGCAGGUCUAUUCCACCUCAAGGGCCACUCCGCCCUCCUUCUUGCCGCGCGCUCUAAUUAUCACGAGAUAGUGAAGCUACUAUUAUCAAAGGAGGCGGGGAUACCGGCACGCAACACGGUGACUGCCCUCAUGUAUGCAAGUCAAAAGGGGCACGUAGAGACUGUGCAGCUCUUGUUGGACUACGAGGCUGGGAAAAUGUCUGAAGACCAAUGGACAGCCCUGAUGUACGCAGCACUAAAUAAUCAGAGCGAGGUUGUCAGGCUUUUGGCCCCAAAGGAAGCAGGGAUGCGCCGGGACAGGUACACCGGAGCCACAGCCAUGAUAAUUGCCGCAGAACACGGAGCAGCCGAGUCGGUUGCUGUUCUAGCUGACUAUGAGGCAAAGUGUGUCGACAAGGUCGGUUGCACGGCUCUGAUGGUGGCUGCCCAGCGAGGUCAAACUGCCGUGGUCAGAAUCCUGUGCGACAAAGAGAGCGGCAUGCAGACACCAGAGGGUAUCACUGCACUGAUGCUUGCAAUCCAAUACAGCCACCGGGAUUGUAUUCAGAUACUUUAUAAACAAGAGUGUAAUCUGCACGCAGCAGACGGAAGCAGCUGCACCCACUACUGCGUCAGCACUGAUGAUUUUCAAUUCGUGCAAUCCCUCGCCCAGUCCUCCUGA